CGGCGGCCCGCGCAGCGCCGGUGACGUCUCGGCAGCAUGGCGCCCACGCGGCGCGCGGGCGCGGAGCCGGAGGUGAAUACCCAGAAGAGCAUGAGAGAUGAAAUUGAAUCAAUUCUGCAGGAGCGAAUAAUGAUUUUGGAUGGAGGUAUGGGUACCAUGAUCCAGCAGCAUGCCCUUUCAGAAGAGGAUUUCCGAGGACAUGAAUUUAAAGAUCAUGCCAAGCCUUUGAAAGGAAAUAAUGACCUUCUCAGCAUAACUCAACCUGGUAUCAUUUGUGACAUUCACAAGGAAUACUUGCUGUCAGGUGCCGACAUCAUUGAAACUAACACUUUCAGCAGCACCCGAGUUGCACAAGCUGACUAUGGCCUUGAGCAUUUGGCAUAUCGGUUAAACAGAGUCUCAGCACAGGUGGCCAGAAAAGCAGCAGAUGAUGUAACUGCUCAGACAGGGAUUAGGAGAUAUGUUGCUGGAGCCAUGGGUCCAACAAACAGAACACUCUCUGUCUCCCCCUCUGUGGAAAGACCGGAUUAUAGGAACAUAACUUUUGAUGAACUGAUUGAAGCCUAUACAGAACAAGCUAAAGGACUUUUGGAUGGAGGAGUAGAUAUCAUGUUAGUAGAAACCAUAUUUGAUACAGCCAAUGCCAAGGCGGCUCUUUUUGCUCUCCAAAAGUUGUUUGAGGAAGAGUACGAUCCCCGACCAAUAUUUGUGUCUGGAACUAUUGUAGAUAAGAGUGGGCGCACUCUCUCAGGCCAGACAGGAGAGGCGUUCAUCAUUAGCAUUUCCCACAGUGAGCCACUUUGUGUUGGCUUAAAUUGCGCUUUAGGGGCAGUUGAAAUGCGACCUUUCAUUGAAACAAUUGGAAAGUGUACAAUGGCCUACAUCAUCUGUUACCCCAAUGCAGGUCUUCCUAACACUUUUGGUGGUUAUGAUGAAACUCCAGAAGUAACUGCCAAGCAUAUAAAGAAUUUUGCUCUGGAUGGUUUGGUUAAUAUAGUUGGAGGUUGCUGUGGGACUACACCAGCACAUAUCAGGAAAAUUGCUGAAGCCGUGAAAUCAUGUAAACCUCGCAUUCCACCUUCUUCUCUCUCUGAAGGAUACAUGCUGCUAUCAGGUCUGGAGCCAUUCAGGAUUGGGCCAUACACCAACUUCGUUAAUAUUGGCGAACGCUGCAAUGUUGCAGGAUCACGGAAGUUUGCUAAACUCAUCAUGGCAGGCAACUACGAAGAAGCACUUAGUGUAGCCAAAGCACAAGUUGAGAUGGGAGCCCAGGUUCUUGAUAUCAAUAUGGACGAUGGGAUGUUGGAUGGCCCUGCUGCUAUGGCCAGAUUUUGUAACUUCAUUUCUUCAGAACCUGAUAUUGCAAAGGUGCCAUUAUGCAUUGACUCUUCAAAUUUCUCAGUGAUUGAAGCAGGUUUAAAAUGCUGCCAAGGGAAAUGCAUUGUGAACAGCAUCAGUCUGAAGGAAGGUGAGAAAGACUUUCUCGACAAGGCAAGGAAAGUUAAGUUGUAUGGAGCGGCUGUGGUUGUCAUGGCUUUUGAUGAAGUGGGCCAGGCAACAGAAACGGAAAACAAGAUUGCCAUUUGUACCAGAGCUUAUCACCUCCUUGUGGAAAAACUGUCCUUCAAUCCAAAUGAUAUAAUAUUUGACCCUAAUAUUUUGACUAUAGGUACUGGAAUGGAAGAACAUAACUUAUAUGCCAUGAAUUUUAUCAAUGCUACUAAAACUAUAAAAGAAACUCUGCCAGGAGCCAGGAUAAGUGGAGGCCUUUCCAACCUGUCCUUCUCUUUUCGAGGAAUGGAUGCUAUUCGAGAAGCAAUGCAUGGAGUAUUCCUUUACCAUGCAAUUAAGUAUGGCAUGGACAUGGGAAUUGUGAAUGCUGGGAAUCUGCCAGUGUAUGAUGAUAUCCACAAGGAAUUGCUGCAGCUGUGUGAGAAUCUAAUCUGGAACAAAGAUCCUGAUGCGACAGAGAAACUUCUACAUUAUGCUCAGAAUCAUGCCCAAGGAGGGAAAAAAGUGGUACAGACUGAUGAAUGGCGGAAAAGUUCUGUAGAGGAAAGGCUGGAAUAUGCUCUCAUAAAGGGCAUUGAGAAGUAUGUCAUUGCAGAUACGGAAGAGGCAAGACUAAACCGCGAAAAAUAUCCUCGACCUCUAAAUAUAAUUGAAGGACCUUUAAUGAAUGGCAUGAAAAUUGUUGGUGAUCUUUUUGGUGCUGGAAAGAUGUUUCUGCCUCAGGUGAUAAAGUCUGCUCGAGUUAUGAAGAAAGCAGUUGGCCACCUUGUUCCCUAUAUGGAAAAAGAGAGAGAAGAAAGGAGAGCUGAACAAGGCAGCACAGAAGAAGAGGAUCCUUACCAUGGUACGAUAGUACUAGCCACUGUCAAAGGAGAUGUACAUGAUAUUGGCAAGAACAUUGUGGGAGUUGUUCUGGGCUGUAACAAUUUCAGAGUUAUUGAUUUAGGAGUCAUGACUCCAUGUGAUAAGAUAUUGAGAGCUGCUGUUGAAAACAAAGCAGAUAUAAUUGGCCUGUCUGGUCUCAUCACCCCUUCUUUGGAUGAAAUGAUUUUUGUCGCCACGGAAAUGGAGAGAUUAGCAAUAAAGAUUCCAUUGCUGAUUGGAGGAGCAACUACUUCUAAAACACACACAGCUGUUAAAAUUGCCCCUCGAUAUAGCGCACCUGUAAUUCAUGUCCUGGAUGCAUCCAAGAGUGUUGUGGUUUGCUCCCAGCUCCUAGAUGAAAGUUUAAAGGAUGACUUCUUUGAAGAAAUAUUAGAGGAAUAUGAAGAAAUUAGGCAAGAACACUAUGAGUCUCUCAAGGAAAGAAGAUACUUGUCUCUACAGCAAGCUAGGAGAAAAGGUUUCCAUAAUGACUGGCUAUCAGGCCAUAAACCGGUUAAACCAAAAUUCAUUGGCACAGAAGUCUUUGAAGAUUAUGACCUGAAGAGAUUGAUAGAAUACAUUGACUGGAAGCCUUUCUUUGAUGUCUGGCAACUUCGGGGAAAGUAUCCCAACCGAGGUUUCCCAAAAAUCUUUAAUGAUAAAACUGUAGGUGAAGAAGCGAAGAGAGUUUAUAAUGAUGCUCAAAGUCUACUGAAAAUAUUGAUCAAUCAAAAGAAAUUACAAGCCAGGGGUGUGGUUGGAUUUUGGCCAGCUCAAAGUGUUCAAGAUGAUAUCCAUUUAUAUGCCACAGAAGAUGCAGUAAGAUCUGUGGAACCAAUAGCAAAAUUUUACGGCUUGAGGCAACAGGCUGAAAAGGACUCUGCCAGCACUGAUCCUUAUUACUGCCUCUCUGAUUUCAUAGCACCACUAGAUUCUGGCAUUUGUGACUACUUAGGCCUGUUUGCUGUGGCCUGCUUUGGAGUAGAUGAACUGUGCAAUGAAUAUAGGAAGCAGGAUGAUGAGUACAACAUCAUAAUGGUAAAGGCUCUUGGAGACCGGUUAGCAGAGGCAUUUGCUGAGGAGCUUCAUGAAAGGGUUCGAAGGGAAUUCUGGGCUUACUGCAGUAGUGAACAGCUAGAUCUUUCAGACCUGCGCAGAAUUAAAUAUGAGGGAAUUCGCCCUGCCCCUGGAUAUCCAAGCCAGCCAGACCAUACAGAAAAACUUACCAUGUGGAAACUUGCAAAGAUUGAGGAAACAACAGGAAUUGGUUUAACUGAAUCACUAGCAAUGACACCUGCUUCUGCGGUUUCUGGCCUCUACUUUUCCAGUCCCUCAUCCAAAUAUUUUGCUGUUGGCAAGAUAGGUAAAGAUCAGGUUGAAGAUUAUGCACUGAGGAAAAAUUUGCCUGUGCCAGAGGUGGAAAAAUGGCUGGGACCCAUUUUGGGAUAUGAUCCUGAAUAACUGUGUAUGUGCGUGUGGGCGCGUCUUGUGGGCAGACAUUUUCCUCUGAUCAGUCCAUUUCUCAAAAGGAAGAAUAGAGUGUUGUCUAUAAUCUUACAUCACUGUUCUUGGGAUUCUUUGGAAAUGAUUUGUAUUGUUUGUCACUGGUCUGUCCAGAAAAACAAACUCCAACAAAAUCAAGUCCAAUAAGAAAAUCUUUCCCAUUGAAACCAGCUCUUUCCAUGCCCUCUUCCAAUAGUUUGUCUGAUUGUUUUUAUUUUUUGUUGAGGAACUUUAUAUUUCAAAUCUGCCCUGUACUCUUGCCUUGGAACUUUGAACGCUUUGCAGAUCUCUUAGCCAUAGCAAUAUGCUUUUAUUUAUUUGUACUUUUUGCACAAGUGUUCUAGCUGAGCUAGAGGUAGAAUGAGAUACGGGAGUUGCAAAACUCUCCUGUCCUGAAGAAGGCUUUGAGAUCAGUGGUAAGAAUUUGUAUCCCACUGGCUGUGGAUGUACAUAGAACAAAACUUGGCUUCUAUAUUUUUUAAUGUGUUUUGGCAAGUCAGGGUACAGAAAUGUGAUGCGUUUUUGUCUCUAAAGUCAGCAAGGGUUUUAUAGUGAGUGAUCAAGAACAACUGAAGUACAACAGAUCUCCUUUUUCCCUCCCCAGAAAAAGUCUGUUCCUUGUUUAGGGCUUAUGAUCUGGAAAGUAAUGUUACUAUGUCUAAAGAACAACUCAAGUUUUUAAAUACACUUCAUGAUGAUGAUUGUAGUUUGUAGAACUAUCAAAGCCGUUCAACGUACUGGAGUAAAAUCAGAUGCUGUAUCAUCACAAAAUAUUAAAUGGGAUGACUGAGCCUGUGGAAUUUUCACCCUAGCAAUCACAUGCUUAUUCUCCCUUUCAGCAAGCUAUAAUCUGUUUCAACUCUGUAUUAAAGGUAAUAGUAUUUCCUACUUCACAGUUAUGCUGUGAGGCCUGAUUCAUCUUUAAACAACCUUUUUUAUGUGAAAAGUACGAGAGAAACAUGACUAUUGCUGUAAGUACACAGACAGCAAGCUUGGAGCUGACUUUAGUGUUUUACUAACUCUAAGCAUCUGGAUACCUGGAUUUUAAAAGCAAAUAGUAGCAGUGCUAUUCAUUGUGCAGAGAUGUUUUGAAGGUUCUCAUCUUUUUAGUCUCUUCAUUCACUUCAUGCAGAAAAAAGUGUUUAAGUGGAUUAAAUACCUAAAUUUUAUGCUUAGUUGUAUCUUGCCAUAUCAUACUAUCAUAAAUAAUAGUUAACCCUGCAGUUUUAUUCCUCAUGUACAUGGUUGACUUUGAGCUAAUUGUUUGCAACUUUUAAUAAUUUCUGGAAAGUGGAACUAGUUUAACUUGAGUAUUAUUUAAAUGCUAAUUCACUAAAAUAUUUUGAGGGUAAAAUCCUGUUUUUCUGGUCUCUAAUUAUCAAGAAAAGACCAAUAUUAUGGAAAGAAUGUUCUUCUAAAUAGUUUAUCUGUAAUUGUUAGUAUUUAUAUAUUUUUGUAAUGUGUUCAUGACUUUAUAUUAAAAUAAUAAUUAAUGUAUCAACAGUUUAAUAAAGGUUAAGCUGUCAAUAGUGUUAUCCUUUUAACUGGCAGCAAUAAAAUCUGUGCAAUGAUCUGAA